GCGCCUGUGGAUACGCGAGCCGCGGUGCAGGGUUGCACGGCGAUCAAGAUAGCCAACGUGUGCCGGAAGUGGAGAUAAGGGAGACGACUUCGUGCAUGGUAGUGAAAGCGGGAUCGCGGGAUCGAUACAGCUGCUUGUGUCAAAACUACCAGCGGCACAAUAUUAUGGGGCUACGUACCGCUGCUGCAGCCGCCUUUAACAGGAUGAGAGAGAGAGAAACGAAAGCAUCAGACCACCAAUGCCAUCCUCGGGCGAGCACAGUUGACGAUGACAAGGACAAAGCAAUUGUAGCCGUUUGCAAUUCUGUCAUUCGUGGACGUCGCGCGAGCCCCGCGGCAUCGCGUCUCUAUAAACUACACAUGGCUGAUCAGGAAACGCAGAAACUUGUGAAACUUGCCCAGGACAUGCGAGCCAGAGCUUACUGCAACUAUAGCAAGGUUCGUGUUGGCGCGGCCCUCCUAUGUGAAGAUGGGACAAUUUUUACAGGAUGCAAUGUGGAGAACGCAAGCUAUGGGCUGACUAUAUGUGCAGAAAGAACAGCGCUAGUAAAAGCAGUGUCAGAAGGUCACAGGACCUUCAAAGCAAUAGCUGUUGCAUCUUCGGCAAAAACAUUGUUGUGCACUCUGCUGCUGCUGAUGGGAGGGUUUCGUCAAAAAGAGCCGAUGAACUGCUACCGUUGUCAUUUGGAGCUUCGGACUUGCCUCCAAAGUGACAUCGUUCCAAUGGCAGUGCACUUUUCAUGGAUUUAAAACAAUCAAGUCAUCUGAAACUGCUGCUCAGGUGUAAACUGUCAUGAAAUUAAAAGUCACCUGCCUUCACUGUUUUUCCUGACAA